ACCGCUGACAUCACAGGUUUCCUUUCUGUAGACCGAAAAGGGCGGACAUUUCAGUCUUAUCAGGUAAAAAUUAUUCAUGAAACUUCGAAAAAUACCCAAAAUUCCGAAACUUUUGGCCGGCAUGGAGAUCCCCUUAUCAGACCUUGCUGGAUUUUUUUAAGGCUGAAAUUUAUUCAAAUUCACGUUCUCUCUCAACCCAAAAACUCAAAUUUUAAUUUACUUCUCUCUCGACAUGGUAAUGUAGACAGCCCCUUAUCAAGGCUUUUGCUCAAUUUUUGAAGGCUGAAAUCUCCUGAAUUCCACGUUCUCUCUCCUGUUUUACCACCCAAAAAAUUCAGCUUCAAUCCCUUUAGCUAUAGUAGUUGCUUUGGAAUCUCAGAAACCCAAGAGGCAAAACUCUUUAUUUUAGAUCUUGCUGCCAACUGAUUUGUCAAAGGAGACUUGCAGAGAAAUCUCUUCUAGAAAGGUUUAAACUCCAAGUUCUCUUUAUUUGGAGCCACGAAUUUAAUGAGAACACAUGAACGAUUGGCCACCUGUAUCUUACUUGCCCUCUAGGCCACUCGUUCUAUAAGAGAAACCAGAAAACGAAUUAUUGGGCAACCCAAACCAGUAUUUUUGAUGUUGGGUUCUUUUUAAACCUGUAAUUCUAAGCUUCCUGUUGGAGAGGUUUAGCUGGUUCAGUUGAUUUCUUUAGUGGGUGGGGAAUAUGGAAGGUGGUGAGGGAGCUAAGAAGCCAUUGCUUGGAGGGAGUGCGAGAAAACCAAGGCUUUAUCAUAGGAUUUCUUUGAAUACAUUAAGGGGUGAUUUUAUAUCCAAGCUUCCUGAAAAGGCGAAGAGUGGGUUGGAUCCAGAGAAACCAUUCCACAUUGAUGUGUCCAAAAUCAAAGGGCUGUCGGAAGGGGAGAAAGAGUACUAUGAGAAGCAGUUUGCUACUCUAAGAUCAUUUGAGGAAGUGGACUCAUUGCAUCUGUCCCAUAGUAUUGAUGAGGAUGAAGAACUUGAAGAGCAAGCCCAACAUGAAUAUGCAAUGAAGAUAUCCAACAUUGCAAAUAUACUUUUGCUAGCUUUUAAGGUAUACGCGACAAUAAGGAGUGGAUCCUUGGCAAUAGCUGCAUCCACAUUGGAUUCUUUGUUGGAUCUCAUGGCAGGUGGUAUCCUCUGGUUUACACAUCUGUCAAUGAAAAGCAUAAACAUUUACAAAUAUCCCAUUGGAAAGCUUCGGGUACAGCCAGUUGGUAUUAUCAUUUUUGCUGCUGUUAUGGCCACUCUAGGCUUUCAAGUAUUUGUCCAGGCACUGGAACAGUUGAUACAAGAUGAAGUCAAGGCUAAAAUGAGCUCAGAACAAUUGGUGUGGCUAUACACCAUUAUGUUGACUGCUACUUUUGUAAAAUUGGGCCUGUGGAUUUAUUGCAGGAGCUCAGGAAACAAGAUUGUUCGAGCUUAUGCAAAGGACCAUUAUUUCGAUGUUGUAACCAACAUCGUGGGUCUAGCUGCAGCUGUUCUUGGUGAUAGAUUUUACUGGUGGAUCGACCCAGCAGGCGCCAUUGUUCUUGCUGUUUAUACUAUAACCAAUUGGUCAGGAACUGUUUUGGAAAAUGCAGCUUCCUUGGUGGGUCAAUCAGCCCCUCCUGAAAUGCUCCAAAAGCUGACAUAUCUGGUCAUAAGGCAUCAUUCUCAAAUAAAGCGAGUGGAUACAGUGCGAGCAUAUACUUUUGGUGUUCUCUACUUUGUUGAGGUUGACAUUGAGUUGCCUGAGGAUUUGCCUCUGAAAGAGGCGCAUGCAAUAGGAGAGUCCCUCCAGAUAAAGAUCGAGGAACUCCCCGAAGUCGAGCGCGCAUUUGUCCACCUUGAUUUCGAGUGCGAUCAUAAGCCCGAGCACUCUAUCCUCAGCAAGCUACCCAACAGUCAGCCUUGACAAAUUCAAAUGAGGUUUCUACUUGACCUUCAAAAGAUUUCUCUCCUAAUAUGAAGAAGCGAUUCAACUGGUACAUGAUCAGAACUUAGUUGUAGAAAAAAAGGAUGAGUUUUUUGUAUCACAGAAUCCUUAUCCAUGCGCUGAAUAUCAUCUGAUAUGUCUGACCUUCAAGUAAGGACUCAUCAUGAAGGUACUACUAGACAAUCCUGAUGUACAAAGGUAGUGCCGAUUUGUGUUUCACGAAAUAUUUUUUUUGGUUUUUCGAAUUGUCUUGUACUAUAGAGAUAGAGAAAAAGAGAGGUCUUUUUUUUGGA